CGGCGACGCAGCACGGCGUGAACAAGUUCACCUUCCUCGCUUCUCUCUCUUUCUCUCUCUCUCUCUCUCUCUCUCUCUCUCUCUCUCUCUCGACGAUCGCGAGCCUCGGGAUCUCCGCGAUUUUUCCGCUCGUCGUCGUCGACUGACGCUGGAAUGCGCGAACGAAUCCUACGGACAAUCGUCGUGUGCGUGCAAUAAUACACACACACACACACAUACACAUCGUAUACAUAUAUGCACGUGUAUGCCCGCGCGACAAUGCACCGAUCGAGUCCAUCUGUUAAAUCUGUUUCCCCGUUGAAAGGAUGCGUUGCCGUUCCGUAACCGCGUCACCGGCGUGACUCCGGAAUUGAAGUCGCUCGCUUUGGAGGAAACAAGCGCCGAGGCAGCGCGGAGUAUUUCCUCUUGGGAGUAAGCGCGGCGGACUUGCAACAGGAGAGGCGCCGUUUCGAAUAACGAAUUCGGCAUCGGACACGCGCUGAUUCCGCUCUGGUACAUAAUAGAUACAUAUCAGAGUGCAUUCAAGUUGAUGCGGAGCGGCUAUUUAUUGGGACGUUUUACGACGCCUCUGCUCGGGAAGCGGGAUUUUCCUGAUCGGAUGUAAAAAAUAUAAAAAGGUCGCGUGACAUAUAAUCGUGUGACGAUUUCAACGGGAGGAGCAAAAAGCGUCCCGUGUGCGCGAUCGGUGCGUGCGACCGAAUUCGCUAUCAGUGAACGUCAAGUGUAAAUAAUACACACUGGAAGAAGAUGUGUAAUGUCAGAGUGAUACAACGUAGAGACAUAGGUGGUCAAUACAGAGCAAUCGAGUACAACAGACUCUUGUGUAUCUCGCUUAGUUGAUGUAUGGAACAUUGUCUUAGAUAUUCAUCUAGCACAGUCUUUUACUGCAUAUCCUUAGUCUCGCUCUGUCGAAAAAUACCCAGUGUUCAUAAAAUCGCAAAAUUUAAUGAGGCCGAAGGUGCCUCAAAAGAGGGGAAACUUUCUUUUGAGAAGGUACAGCGUUCUACAAUUGACUGCAACGAACAAUGAACCAUUCGGGAAGCGGAAAACGUCAGGCGAAGGUUUUGGAAGAAAAUUAUUGGGACUGCAGUGUCUGCACUUUUAGGAAUACAGCGGAAGCAUUUAAGUGCCUCAUGUGUGACGUCCGCAAAGGAACCUCUACGCGGAAACCCCGCAUAAACCCCCAAUUAGUAGCUCAACAGGUUGCGCAGCAACAAUAUGUGCCGCUUUUAAAACCAGGCAAGAAGGAAGGGAGUGGUGGUGUUGGCGGUGGCGGUAGCACGACCAGCGGCGUCAAGGAGAAGGAACGCAAGAUGGACAAACUAAGACGCAAGAACAGACAUCCGCCACGUCUGAAAAAUGUCGACCGUAGUACCGCGCAAACGAACGAAGUGACAGUCAACAAUGUUACCGUCACUAUCACGGAGUACAAGCCCAAGGUGAAGAAGGGUUCGGACCAAUCGAGCAAUGCUAGCUCCGAAGGCGGAAGCCAGCACGAUUCCAGUCAGGACUCGAGAAAUCUCGAUGUAGGAACCGACGCCUAGUUCAAUGUGCUAAUGUUACAUAUGUGUGUACGAAUUAUUCUAAUUAAUAUAUUGUACGACGUAUGUAUAUCAAUCUUUAUGGUCAACUGUCAUCAUCCUCUAGACCAACAGCGACCAUUGUUGACUCUCACUUCUCGCUCGUUUGUCGUAUGCGUCGCCAGAUUAUCUGAACCCAAUGAGGUCAGACAUUUUAUGCUAUCAAUGGAGAAUAUUAUUGACUAUAAAUGAUUUGUAUAUCACUGUUUAUAUCAGUGAAAGAAAAACAAGAAUAUAUGCAUUGUAUAUCACAUUGAUUUGGUUGUUUAUGCAAAUGAACGGAUUGAAUAAUUCGAGUCGCUCUCCUUCGCUUGUUUGCGAAAAAAUUGUACUUAAAAACGCUUAUUUUACCGAUCCUUUAUUUUUUAAUAUUUAUUAAACUUAUUUAAUAUGUCUAUCAAUGUGACAUAGAUUCUAGAUUUCUAAAUGUAAAAAGAAAAGAAAAAAAAACAAAUUGUAAAUAUCUGAUGCAACAUUAUCAGUCAAAAAUGGAAUUUUUAUGGAAACCAUUGCUGACAUAAUAAUGUCCUCGACUGUCAUUGAAUUUUUAUGAGACCACUGCCAGAAAGCGUGUCAUAUAUAUAUUCGAAAUUCGUUAACUUAAUGACACAGUCAAUGAUCGUGUAUUAUUGAUUUUGCUUACAAUAAUUAUACCAGCGUUACUGGCACUGGUACACAUAUGUAUUUUUUAUCCCAUUCCAGUUUAUCUAUGAGAUAGAUUUUCAUAUAUCUCAUCAAUUUCAUUGAUUAAUUUAUUGCGUUUUUCAUUUCGCACAAUUGUUAAUUGAUUAUUGAUGAUUUGUUAAUUGAUUAUUCUGAAAAUAUUUAAUGUUUCUGAAAAUGUACAGAUUUAAUAUCAAUUUUCAACAAUGUAAUAUAUAUUCGUAUCUCGUACUGAAUAUCUAAAAAACCGACGCUUCCUGAAAAAAAAUUAUUUAAAAUGACAUCGUAUUUCUAGAAAAUAAGUGAUUUAAAAUUGUAAAAUAAAAACGCGUUACAUCAAUUGAUUAGUAAUGUGGAUAUAUAUUUACAGAUAUAAAAAAAGAAUUUUGAAUAACAUCAUCAUAUUUGUGUAACUGCCUAAAAAAGAAAUCGCUCAAAACAGCGAAGUUUUGUUACAUUUAUUCAAAAUUAAAUUGCAGUUGCAAGGACCAUGGGAAAAGUUUACAGUCCAAACGUAUAAAACAGAAAGGGAAGAGUUGUGUAAGAAAAAAUUGUUAAUAUUAAUAGUUAUAUGCCGUGAUUAUUGUAAUACGAUUCUGCAUUAAAAAAUGAAAGUAAUAUAGGACUUUGUCAGUAUCAGAUUAAAAGAUACGAUUAAUAGACGAAUAUUGUGUAUACUCGAGUAACAAAUAAUAUUCACCUAAAAGACAUAUUGUAAAAAAAAUUUUCACAAUUCGCCCUCUCUUCACCUAGCCAAUUUGCUUUAAAUUCUUAAUUAAAUAAAUCAUAUAAGUUGCAUAAAAACUUUUAGUUUUUGCAGAUAUCUAAUUAUUAGAUAAUUAUCACAGAUAAUAAUAAAAAUCAGAAUCACUUUUACAAAGAAAAAUAUGCAUAUGCAUAAAUGAUAUUUUUACAAAUUUGUUGAAUCAUAAGUUUUACAAUUUCUAUUUUAUACAUGUAACCUGCUUGUUUCUACAUGAUGCAAAUAUAUGUAUCUUAAAUGAAACAAAAGAAUUUAAAGUAAAAUGUAUUUUCAAAUUUGUACUAAAUUUUUAAAUUCUAUAUAAUAAUGUUUUUAAAUGCAUCUUUUAGAAUCUCUUAGAAGGUACUACAAGAGAUUAAAUAAAUGUUCUUGUCCAUACAUCAUUAUAUAUGUAGCAUCGUAAAUCAAGGACCUAUUUCAUUGAAAAUAAUUUUUUUUUUAAUAAAUAUGUGAGCUCUAUAUAACAUUACAUUGAUAACUCAUAUCGAUACGAAAAUUUGACCAAUGGUCGAAUAAAACUGUCAGUUAUUCUCAACAAAAAUGUUACAUUGUACAAGAAUAUUCUUUAGAAAUUAUCAUCGGGUUAACAUUAUAUUGUUAACAAGAAAACAAUAAAGCACAUGUUUUGAGAAAGAACACAAA